UGACCUUUCAAAAUAUGCCCAGAUUUGAUAGUUUCUAGCUCAAUUCAUAAUCUCUAUCGCUGUCUGAACCCAAAAAUAAUGGAGAUUUUAAUUCUUUUAACAACUUUACUGGCUCUACUCAGCUAUUCUUCUUGUUCCGACACUAACCAGAUUCUUGGAGCGGAAUGUUCAGCCGAUAUUAAAGCGAACCUAACGAAUGAUUACCAAAUAAAUUUCAAGAAUCUAAUGGAUUCACUCGCAACAAACGCCCCUUCCAACAACGGAUUCUACAAAGCCGAAUCAGGAAAAAAUUCCGACAAAAUUUACGGUCUUACACAAUGUAGAGCCGAUCUUUCUUCAGCAAACUGCGCGGCUUGCAUCAAGAACGCUACAUUAAACCGCGGAUGCUAUACAGAUAGUAAGAGCGUAACUAAAUGGUAUAGAUGGUGUUUUCUUCGAUACUCUAACCAAAGAUUUUUCGGGGUGUGGGAUCGAUCUGCAAUGGCGAUAGCUAACGACACUAAUCUCGAAGAUCCAAACGUGGUUUCUAAGACUCUAAACUUUAUGAAUGAUCUUGUUUCUACAGCUCCGGACCAGCCAUUGAUGUUUCAAACUAAGGUUUUGGAUGUCGGAAAAUACGAAAAGAGGUACGCAUUGGCUCAGUGCACUCGAGAUAUAAGCAGACAAGAUUGUGGAAAAUGCUUUGAUGAUCAAUUGGUGAUUUUUAGAUCAAGAAUUGGGAAUAAAAAAGAAUGGGAGGCUCAUGGGCAUGGUUGUAGCAUGUGGUAUGGUGAUUCUCAAUUUUAUUUCAACUACACAUUCCCUAAAGAUUUACCAACAAAUAAAGGGGAAAAUACAGGCGGUGGCACCGUAAAUUCGUCACCUGAACGGUUUUCGAUUGGCAUGAUUGUUCCGGUGCUAAUGUUCCUGUUAGUUCUCUAGUCAUUUGAUGCGGGUGUGGAUGUGAAUUUAGAAUUUUUGAAAAUAGAAUUUGCGGAUUUGAAAUUUAUGAAGUGUGCGAAUUAGGUGAUUUCUGUACGUCUUUUACUUAAUUAAGUUGGAUUUGAAUGUUUUUUUCGUUCCUUUUCAAACUCCGAAAUUCUUCGAAUCAACGAAUCAUUGAACAUCUAAUUACCUAAUAUUCCUCGAAUCAAUAUAUUUGUAAUUCCUAUAUUAUAUAUGAACUAUUUCGAUAGAAUUAUUUAA